AUGCUCGGUUCAGUUGCUGGUGGCUUCUUACUCGACAGAUUCAAGAAGUUCAAGUUAACCACUUUACUCGAUUAUUUCUGUUCCUUCCUCGCCAUGCUAACCUUCACUUUCACUUUGAACCUCGGCUAUUUGGCCAUAGUAUUCGUGAAUGCUGCUGUUCUUGGCUUCUUCAUGACUGGAUAUCUUCCGAUUGGCUUCGAAUUUGCAGCCGAAAUAACAUUCCCCGCUGCCGAAGGCACGACUAGCGGUCUGCUGAACGCGAGUGCUCAGAUUUUCGGUAUCGCUCUCACAAUGGCAAUGGGCAAAGUGAUGCAUAGCAUAAACACGCUUACGAGCAACAUCAUUAUGAGCGUAGCUCUGAUUCUUGGCACCAUCCUUACAGGUAUGGAAUUGUUUCAUUCAACAGUAUUUCUACAAACUGGUUCGCUGUUUUGGAAGACGGGGCGUGUCGAGGAUUGA